AUCAUCAGCAAAACAGAGUACAACAUUGUACGACGCACAUAUCAAUAAAAAUUAGGAUCCAUGGCUGUGAGUAGAAGAAUUCAGGUCGAAUCCAGAAACCGAAUUGGGUUUUCUCGAUCCACAUGGCCAAGGAAGCAGAAAGAAUUGAGAAUAAACAUGAAGCGAUUGAAAGCGGAGAUGGCGGAGAUCAGUAUAGAUCAGAAACGGAUUAGAAAAGACCAAACAGAAAUACGAGGGAGGUUGGAACAAAUUAAAGAGCAAUGCCCCAGCUUGAGAGAGGAAACGGAGGUGAUUGCGAAACAGAAAGCUCGGAGUCAGCUUCUGCUGGCUCUUGUAUUCAAAAUCCUCAAGGCUCGUGAAGCAGGGGACUUCGCCACUGCUGUCUGUCUCACUCGUGCCCUCAGGGAGGUGAUUCAGAAGCGAGGAAACAAAUAAAGGAAUAGCAGUGAUUAAUAAAUAAAGUCUGAGAUUUGUGCCAAACAAAAAUAUAAUAAUAAUUAUAAUAAGGUUUGGGAUUCCCUUUUUUUUUUUUUUUUUAAGGGACAAACCAACUGGGUGUGAGAGAGAAGGAGGGUUUUGUGAAUAAAUGGUCAGUUAAUCU